GUCGUGGUGAGUCUCCUGAGGCGCCGGGAGCCGGACAUCCCGCACUUGCCUCGCAGCACUCAGUUCUUCGUGCUCCUUCCUCGUCGCCCCAGCUCUGACCGCCGCCGCCAUGGCCCAAGCUGACAUUGCCCUGAUUGGACUGGCUGUCAUGGGCCAGAACUUAAUCUUGAACAUGAAUGACCAUGGAUUUGUGGUCUGUGCUUUCAAUAGGACCGUCUCCAAGGUUGAUGACUUCUUGGCCAAUGAGGCGAAGGGAACCAAAGUGGUCGGUGCGAAGUCCUUGAAGGAGAUGGUCUCCAAGCUGAAGAAGCCACGCCGGAUCAUACUUCUUGUGAAGGCCGGGCAAGCUGUUGAUGAUUUCAUCGAGAAACUGGUACCAUUGUUGGACACUGGUGAUAUCAUCAUUGAUGGAGGAAAUUCUGAAUACCGUGAUACAACAAGAAGAUGCCGGGACCUCAAGGCUAAGGGGAUCCUGUUUGUGGGGAGUGGAGUCAGUGGUGGUGAGGAAGGGGCUCGGUACGGGCCAUCACUCAUGCCAGGAGGGAACAAAGAGGCCUGGCCCCACAUCAAGACGAUCUUCCAAGCCAUCGCUGCAAAAGUAGGAACUGGAGAACCCUGCUGUGACUGGGUGGGAGACGAGGGGGCUGGUCACUUUGUGAAGAUGGUACAUAACGGGAUCGAGUACGGCGACAUGCAGCUGAUCUGCGAGGCUUACCACCUGAUGAAGGACGUUCUGGGCAUGCGGCACGAGGAGAUGGCCCAGGCAUUUGAGGAAUGGAACAAGACAGAGCUGGACUCGUUCCUGAUUGAAAUCACCGCUAACAUCCUCAAGUUCCUGGACACUGAUGGCAAAGAGCUGUUACCAAAGAUCCGGGACAGCGCUGGGCAGAAGGGCACUGGGAAGUGGACCGCCAUCUCAGCACUGGACUACGGCAUGCCCGUCACCCUCAUUGGAGAAGCUGUCUUCGCUCGCUGCCUGUCCUCUCUGAAGGAGGAGCGAGUCCAGGCCAGCAGGAAACUCAAGGGCCCCCAGAAGGUCCAGCUGUCCGGCAGUAAGGAGUCGUUCCUGGAGGACAUUCGCAAGGCCCUCUAUGCGUCCAAGAUCAUCUCCUACGCGCAAGGCUUCAUGCUGCUCAGACAGGCAGCCACUGAGUUUGGCUGGACCCUCAAUUAUGGUGGCAUUGCCCUCAUGUGGAGAGGGGGCUGCAUCAUCAGAAGUGUGUUCCUGGGGAAAAUUAAAGAUGCAUUUGAGCGAAACCCUGAGCUUCAGAACCUGCUGCUAGAUGACUUCUUUAAGUCAGCUGUUGACAACUGCCAGGACUCCUGGCGGCGAGUGGUCAGCACUGGGGUGCAAGCAGGCAUCCCCAUGCCCUGCUUCACUACCGCCCUCUCCUUCUACGACGGGUACAGACAUGAGGUGCUGCCAGCCAACCUCAUCCAGGCUCAGCGGGAUUACUUUGGGGCUCACACCUAUGAACUCUUAGCCAAACCAGGAGAAUUUAUCCAUACCAACUGGACAGGCCAUGGUGGCAGUGUGUCAUCCUCUUCAUACAAUGCCUAGUAGGACUGUGGCUCGCCCUCCCUCCCACCAACAGGACGGUUCCUGUGGCACUCAGCACUCCUCUCUGCCCUAGUUCCUGCUCAGAUCAUUUGGCCAAGUCUUGGCUGUGACUGCUGAAGAAGUCACUGAGGUCCGUUGUCCGGUAGUCCUGAACCACCACACGCUCCACCUCGACCUUUUGCACUGCCUAGGAUCCUGUGCUCCACUGCGUGACCGCUCCCUGACUGAGUUGUGCUGUGUGGGUCAGAGGCUGCAGCUCAUAGCACACAGCAGGGCUGGGUGUGGGAUUGUACAGCCUGGACCAUGGAUCAUGCGUGUGGGCUCUGUACACUCAGAACCUCCACUCAGUAAAAGCGACAUAUAGUUACCCUCUUCUGUCUGCUCUCUGGCCGUGCCUGCAGAGAGCACGUGUCUGCUCUCUUUCCGUGGGCAGAAAGGUCUGCACUGAGUUCAUAAAUGGGAAGUGAUUUGUUUUCUUUAAAGACACCAAAUAACACAGGACACAUUAAAUUGAAGGUGAUUAAGUCUUGGGGGAGGUGAGGAGGCACCAAGGAGUAGAUGGACAGGGUCUCUCGUGCCGUUUCUUACUGGACACACUAUGUACCUGGAAGUUCAUGUACCAUCUACCCCGCCACACGCUUGGAAUAAACUUCUUAGACUA